UGUGGAUGAUGCAUAUUUAUGCGAAUGAAUGCCACAUGUGUGGGGGUGCCCACAGAAGCCAGAAAAGGGGUGUCAGAUUCCCCUGGAGUUGAAGUUACAAAUGGUCACAAGCUGCCAGGUAGGUACUGGGAACAGAAGUUAGUCUUUUUAGAACGGCACUCACUCUUAACUGCUGCGUUCUUUCCAGCCCCUCCCCCAGCCCCAUUUUGAGUGGUGUGUGUGUGUGUGUGUGUGUGACUACAUCCCUACAGCCUUUGGGUGGCCCUGUGUGCCACGGGGAUGCUGCUGCCCCGCUAAGUGCUGGCGUGUGUCACACCAUGUGUGUGUGGUGUCUGGGUGUGGCUGUGGGUUUCUGAACUUUCGGGAGUUGUGAGUCACUUCUGUGGAGGUUGUGUGGUGUGUCCUGGUGUGUUGGGCUCCAUCUCCGGUCUGUCAUGGGGUGCUCUGUGGUGUCUGGGUGUGGUGGUUUGUAGGUGUGUACCACGGAGUGCAAAACGGUUGGAGAGUCACAACCCAUUGUGUGUCAGAGAGUGUGUCUUUGCCCACGUGGAUGGGCUCUUCUUCCUUGCCUGGGGCCACAAGACACACCCCAGCUCCUCCUUAGUCUCAGAAGGGGAUGGGAUGGGCAGCCUCCCCUUACCCACGGGCCUCCCCGCCCCUCCCCGCCCUGCCCUGUUGCAGUUACCACUCCCCAGAGGGCACAGGGCUGUGCCUUCCAGCGAAAGUCCCAGAGUGAGCCGAACGGGCCUCCGGCCUGGAAGCCAAGCUGGCUGCCAUUUGCGUACUGAGAGGUGGGGGACCCUGGGCAGGAAGCUGGCUGAGCCCCAAGACCUCAGGGGCCAUGGGCGGGGAGCUGGUGACUGGCCUGGGGGCCCUGCGACGGAGAAAACGCCUGCUGGAGCAGGAGAAGAGGGUGGCCGGCUGGGCACUGGUGCUGGCGGGAACUGGCAUCGGACUCAUGGUGCUCCACGCCGAGAUGCUGUGGUUCCUGGGUUGCAAGUGGGUGCUGUACCUGCUCUUGGUUAAGAGUUUGAUCACCCUGUCCACCAUCUUCCUCCUUUGCCUUAUUGUGGUCUUCCAUGCCAAGGAGGUCCAGUUGUUCAUGACCGACAACGGGCUCCGGGACUGGCGGGUGGCGCUGACCCGGCGGCAGGUGGCGCAGAUCCUGCUGGAGCUGCUGGUGUGUGGCGUGCACCCGGUGCCGCUGCGGAGCCCGCACUGCGCCCUGGCCGGAGAGGUCACCGACUCGCAGCCCUGGCCGAGCUUCCUGGGCGAGGGCGAGGCGCUGCUGUCCCUGGCCAUGCUGCUGCGUCUCUACCUGGUGCCUCGCGCAGUGCUCUUGCGCAGCGGCGUCCUGCUCAACGCGUCCUACCGCAGCAUCGGGGCGCUCAACCAAGUCCGCUUCCGCCACUGGUUCGUGGCCAAGCUCUACAUGAACACGCACCCGGGUCGCCUGCUGCUGGGCCUCACGCUCGGCCUCUGGCUCACCACAGCUUGGGUGCUCUCUGUGGCUGAGAGGCAGGCUGUCAAUGCCACGGGACACCUCACAGACACACUGUGGUUGAUCCCAAUCACAUUCCUGACCAUCGGCUACGGGGACGUGGUACCUGGCACCAUGUGGGGCAAAAUCGUCUGCCUGUGCACUGGAGUCAUGGGCGUCUGCUGCACUGCCCUGCUAGUGGCUGUGGUGGCCCGGAAGCUGGAGUUUAACAAGGCGGAGAAACAUGUGCACAACUUCAUGAUGGACAUCCAUUAUACCAAAGAGAUGAAGGAGUCGGCUGCGCGGCUCCUGCAGGAGGCGUGGAUGUAUUACAAGCACACUCGCAGGAAGGACUCCCGAGCUGCCCGCAGGCAUCAGCGCAAGUUGCUGGCCGCCAUCCACACGUUCCGCCAGGUACGGCUGAAACACCGGAAGCUUCGGGAACAAGUGAAUUCCAUGGUGGAUAUCUCCAAGAUGCAUAUGAUCCUGUGCGACCUGCAGCUGGGUCUCAGCACCUCCCACCGGACCCUGGAGAAGAGAAUCGACGGGCUGGCAGGAAAGCUGGAUGCCCUGACGGAGCUGCUCGGCACUGCCCUGCAGCAACAGCAGCUACCGGAACCCGGCCAGGAGGCAGCCACAUAGCUGAACCCACGGAAAAAGAAUCAGGCUAUGUACCCCAGGACAGAGCUCAAGGACAUCCUCCCUGCCACUUCCGACCGAGCCCCAUGAGGAAAAGCCUCAAGAUGCCAGGACGGAAGUGUGCCCACGCUGAGACGCAUGGACUCUCUGGUGGUGGUGGCCGUGAGGAGGCACGGGCUUGGACCUCCGACCUCGGUGGGGUCGUGGCCACCACUAUGCCCUCAUCAGAAGCGUCUUCGCUGUGCUGCUGCUCACGAACUCUCAAGCUCUGCCAGAGGCGGGGGUGCCUGGGGUCCGGGAUGCUGGGACCCUUCAGUUAACCGCGGGCCGGCCUCGCUGAAGGAACCAGGUCCGAGAGACGGGAGCCGGUGCCCCCUGGUGGACGCCACGGAAGACGCCGCUUCCCCGGAAUGCAGAGACUUGUCUGCGGGAGCAGGGGUGUGGGUACCGGUCCCCUGUCCACGGUCACACUUUGUAAUAAAUGGCAAACAAAGUCA